AUGGAAAAGUAUGAAGAUGUGAAGGUUAUUGGAUAUGGAAAUUAUGCAGCUGUGAAGCUUAUUCGGAACAAAGAAACAAAAGCCAUUUUUGCAGUCAAGUACAUCUCACGAGGACACAAGGUUGAUGAAAGGGUGGCAAGAGAAAUCAUAAACCAUAGAACUCUUCAUCAUCCAAAUAUUAUUCAGUUCAAGGAGGUGUUUUUGACUCCAAGAGAUAUUGCAAUAGUUAUGGAGUAUGCAGCUAGUGGAGAUCUAUUUGAUUAUAUUUCCAGUCAUGGUAAAUUAAAUGAAGAUGAGGCUCGCUAUUUCUUCCAACAACUCGUUUCAGGGGUUACUCAUUGUCAUGACAUGGAAAUAUGUCACAGAGACUUGAAGUUGGAGAACACUUUAUUAAAUGGAAAGCUUAUUAAAAUUUGUGAUUUUGGCUAUUCUAAGUCUUAUCUACUACAUUCAAGACCCAAAUCAAUGAUUGGAACUCCAUCCUAUAUUGCACCAGAAAUAUUUUCUCGUAAAGAAUAUGAUGGAAAGUUAGUAGAUGUAUGGUCAUGUGGAGUGAUGCUUUACAUAAUGUUAGUGGGAGAAUUUCCAUUUGGGGACCAAAAUGAUCUGCAAAAUCUCAAGAAAAUAAUGAAUCAAAUUAUGCUUGUUCAAUACAUGAUCCCAGAUACCGUUAGCAUGUCUCGAGAUUGUAGAAAUCUGUUAUCUUGCAUUUUUGUUGCAAAUCCAAUGAAAAGGAUCAGCAUGAAGGAAAUUAAGUCUCACCCAUGGUUAUUAAAGAAGUUGCCAGAGGAAUCAACAAAAGAGGGUGAAGAUGUCAACUAUAUAGAAGAAAAUUCAAUCACUUGUCUUCAAAGUAUAGAAGAGAUAAUGAGCAUUGUUGAUGAGGCUAAAACUCUACCAACAACUUCUUCUUGUUGA